AUGAGCCUCCGGGCCCUUCCGGUAUCUGCUGCUGCAGCACGAACAGCAGCAGCAGCAGCAACAACAACAGCAGCAGCAACAGCGCCAGCAGCAACAACAACAACAACAGCAACAGCAACAGCAGCAGCAGCAGCUCGCUGGCGUUCUGGAUUCUGCGGGGACCGCUGUUGGGGUGUACAGACAGCAGCAGCAGCAGCAGCAGCAGCAGGGCCCCUCCUUUCUGGCCAGCAUGCGUUAUGGAGUAUUUCUGAUUUAUUUGCUGCUGGGGGGCCCCUCCUUGGGGCCCCCUUUAGACGGUGCUUUCGUACUGUGGGGCCCGCGGUGUCUGUACACCCCAAAGAGGGAGACACCCAGGUGCUGCCCUCUCGGCUUCGCGUUCCCCCAGAGUUUGUCUUCUCGCAAGGCCUUCCUGUCAAGCAGCAAGGCAAGUGCAGCAGCAGCAGCAGCAGCAACAGCAGCAGCAACAGCAGCAACGAGAACAGUAGAGAGAGCAGUAAAAGCAGAAACUACUUUGACGACAGCAUGCUUCUGCUGCUGUCUAGGGACUGGCCUUCUUCUGCUUACUGCAAGGCCUUAGGUGCUGUUGCGGAGGGGGCCAGAGACAUGGAUAAAAAGGACCUGCUGCGGUUAUGCCGUGUAAUUGAGGCACGGCGCGGGCGGCGCUCAGCAGCAGCAGGAGUUGCUGCUGCUGCUGAUGCUGCAGCACCGCCAGGGGCCUCUACAUCUCAAGUGGAUUCAGCGGCAGCAAUAGCAGCAGCAGCAGCAGCAGCCUCAGCUCCUGAAGACCCUUUGGACCUCACGCAGCAGCAGCAGGAGCAGCAGCACAUGAGCAACAACUGCAGCAGCAGCAGCAGCAACGCGGCAGAAGAUGCAGCAGAGAAGAAGACGCUGCAAGAAGUGCUGCCUCAUGUGGAAGGCCAGCUAGCCGCCAUGCCCCUGAGGUUUACUCUGGAGGUGCUGAAGGCAACGGGAGGAGAUAUGCGCGUCGUUGCUGCUGUUGUGCUGAUGCUGCGGGGCUCUAUUGCUGCUGCACCAGCAGAUCUUGCUGCUGCAGCAAGGGAGCUUGCUGCAGCUGGAGUAAAUGAUAAGCAGGCCUUCGUUAUUGCUGCUGCUGCAGCUGUAGCUGCUGCUGCUGCUGCUGCUCCUGUUGUUGCUGCUGCUGCAGAAGCCCUGGACAGAAGCUGCUCCGAAUGCUUCAGCUUGUGGGGACCCACAGACCUCGCGACAUUUGUUGCUGCUGCAGCAGACAUCCAAGUGCUGGUGCUAAGCACUCUGCAGCAGCUUGCCGUGCAUGCGCAAACUGUUGCUGCUAAAGCGCCGCUUGAGGCCCUCGCGCAGCUGCUGCUCGGCUGUCUCCGUCUCCAGCGUGUCCCUCAGUCUCUUCGCUCUGCUGCAGCAGCGCGGCUGAACGCGCUUCCCGACAACGCGCAGCAGCAGCAGCAGCAGCAGCAGCAGCAGGAACUGCAGCAGCAGCAGCAGCUGCUGCUGCACAAAGAAGUAGGGGGGAUGUCGCCUGGUGGUGCUGCUAACCUCAUUACAGCAGCAGCCCUCCUUAAGCUGCUUCUACCUAAGAACACUAUGCAGUUGCUGCUGCAGCAGGCCCCACCGGAGCUGCUGCCGCUGCAGCAGCUGGCGAGGCUGCUGGGGGCCCUCUUGCAGCUAUCAGGAAAAGGGCUUCAGCUGCCUCUCUCCUUUUUGCUGCGUGCGGCUAACGUUGCUUCCUUACGGAUUGCCCCCGUCGUGUUGCAGUGCAUGCAGCAGCAGCAGGAACAGCAGCAGCAGCACCAGAAUAAACUCAGCGACUUGGCAGGAACAGCAGCAGCGCUCGAUAUAUCCAGCUGCUGCACUCUCCUCCAUGCAUUUGCAUCAGCUGCGGCAGCAGCAGCAAAUUCUUCGGGGGAUGAUUUGCUGCUUCCUCUCGUCUCGGUCCAGAGGCUGCUGCAGGCUUACUACGUGCUGCAGCUGCAGCAGCAGCAGCAACAGCAGGUGUAUCGACAGUCGCUGGUGGACUACCUGAAGUCCCAGCAGCUAGCUGCAGCAUCUUGUGGCUUGUUAGGGACAGUAGCGGGAGCAGCAGCAACUGCAGCAAAACCGACAGCAGCUGCUGCUGAACCCUCAGCAGCAUUGGCUGCUGCUGCUGCUUCAGCAGCAGCAGCAGCUUCUGCUCCUGCAGCAGCAGCAGCAGCAGGUUCUGCUGCUGACGCAAAAAUCGACAUCCCCUUUAGGGCCUCUGCCAGUAGGUGGGCGUUUAGAGACGAAGACCUCAGCCAGGAGCUGCUGAUGCUGCGAGACAGUUUGCUACGUGCUGCUGUUGCUGCUGCUGCUGAAACUGUGACUGCAGCAACAGCAGCAGCAGCACCAGCAGCAAAAGCUGUAGACUCUAUCUUGUCAGCAAAUGGUGACCUCUGGCGCCGUGCUGCUAAUACGGAGACACUUCGUCAGAUUAUUGGGAGCUUUUUAAGGCAGCAGCAGCAGCAGCAGCAGCAACAGCAGCAACAGCAGGGUUUCUCGUUGCGGCAGCUUGUGUCCCUUGCCUACUCAGUGGGAUCCACCUCGCUGUUAGCUGCUGCUGACGGGGCUUUGCAUGCGUCUCCCUUCUUCCAGUGCCGCCGUGGAGUGGAGGCUCCAGCUGCUGCUGCUGGUGCAUUUGUUGCUGCUGCUGCUGCUGCAGCAGCAGCAGCAAAUGCAGCUGCACUAGAGCUUCAGUGCGGUGUUAUGAAUGCCGUUGCAGCGGCACUGCAUCAGCAGCUGCAGCAGCAGCAGCAGCCGGUGCUGCCGCCUCCGAGGACAACUGCCGAAGCGCUGCAGCAAUACGUCGUCAGCAGCUACUGUCUCCGCAUCCUUUCCAUCCGUGUGGCUCAGGGGGCCCCCGGGCCUUUGGGGGGCCCCCCAGCCUUGCAGCUGAGAAGCCUCAGGGUUGAGCGAGAACUGGCGGCGAUGCUGAGAGGCAGAGGAGUCUCUAACACAGUUGGGUUUGCCGUCUCUCCCUUCGUGCUCGUUGCUGCUGCUGAGACCCCCUGCAGCAUAGCCUACUGCUACUUACCUCCUUCCUGUCUCUAUUCAGUUGGAGAAGAAAGAGAGACAGCAAUAGAGACAGAAACGGAGACAGAGACAGACAAAGAGACAGAGUUAGAGAGACAAGUAGGCAAGGAGACGGAGACAGAGACAGAGGCAGGCCUCAAGCCAGCUGCUGUCGAGGUCUCUACCAGAUUAGAUAGAGGAGAGACAGUUAGAAAAGGAGACAGGUUAAAAAUAGAGACAGACGCGUGGGGUCUCCUCUGGGUAGGAGGGGGCCCCCGCAAGCUGCAAGGAGACACUUUAGCAGUCCUCAGGGCCCUGCAGCUGCAGGGGUGGCAGCUGCUGCUGCUGCCGCACUUUCUUUGGGGGGCCUCUUCUCCUCAGCAGCGAGCAGAGGCCCUCUGGAGAGCCCGAAGAAGGGCUCUAGAACAAAAAAUGUAG